CAGAUAUGCUACGGCUGUCGCUCAUCCCUGGCCACCGCACCAGUUAUCGCAUCCGUGUCCGGUCACCAUCAAUGGCACAUCAAUUGUCUCAGGUGCUCAGAGUGUGACCAAUCACUAAGUCAUUGUCGGUCGUGUUACCUAAAAAACGGUCGCAUUUACUGCAAAAGCGAUUACUUGAAACUCAUCAACCAAUUGAUCAAAUGCUCCAAAUGUUACCGACAAAUAUCAGCAUCAGAUUGGGUGCGAAGAGCCGGGCCUUUUGUCUACCAUUUGGCGUGUUUUGCGUGUGAUUUAUGUCAGAGACAGUUAAGUACUGGCGAACAGUUCACGAUUGAUAACCAGACAAAUGAAAGCAAACUGUUAUGUAAAUUACAUUUUGGCAUCACUUCCGACGGUAACGGCGAUGAGUCCAACUCGGGUGCCGGUGGGGGAGGGGGUGGAGGGGGCGGGAAGUGUGGCUCUAAGACAAAGCGUGUCCGCACGACCUUCACGGAGGAACAGCUGUCUGUACUUCAGGCGAACUUCCAGUUGGACUCCAACCCCGACGGCCAAGACCUCGAACGCAUAGCCGCACUGACCGGGCUGUCCAAACGGGUAACCCAG